GAGUGUUCCAAUAGCCUGCGAUGCAUGUUUUUGGAAUGUAAAAGGAAAUCAGAGUGCCCGGAGACAACCCACUCAGGCACAGGGAGAACAUACAAACUCCACACAGGAAGGCCGGAGCCGUAAUUAAACCCUUCAUCUACACUGUGAGGUGGACGUGUUAACCAGUCGCCAGACAUGCUAACCAGUUGCCUAACGUGAUAACCAGUCGCUGAGCGUGCUAACCAGGCGCCCACCAUGCUGCCAAUAUACUGACUGCUUUUGCAGAGUGAAACAAAACACCACAGCAAUUUUUAUAAUGCCAAAAUGACUUGACACACUUAACAUCACACUCAACAUAACUAUAAGCGAUUACAGACGGCUUUUUGUUGUUCCACAAGGAAGCCACGUUGUCACAAUCCACUUUUACAGGCCAAGCCAAAGAGUUUCACUUUAUCAAAAGCUUUCACAUUCCAUCUCCUCGCUGGUGUGGGGCAGAAACCGCCUUUGUAAAAAUCUGGUACAUUGAAUAUUUUUUCACAAAUCUGUACUAUUGAUCAGUAUACCCGUGUGGGUAUUAAUUUUGCUGUUGUGUACAGCUAUUUGCUCUUGAGUUUUGCACUCAAGGACCACACAUGGUACGAGUGCAUCGGCACACUUCUACUGUAUAUGAAUGAAUAUUCAAAUUUAAAAACUUCAUUGCAUACAGUAGGGUAACUCUUGAGAACAAAUCUACCAUCCAAAUAAAUAAGAAUGAGAAAUGCCUGUGUCGGUAAGUCACUGAUGAGUGGUUUCAGAAUUACAGUGCACUCAAAAGCCAAAGGGGGAAAAAUAGAUGACAUGCUGGGCCAACUUGAGUGCGCAACUAAUUUAUCAUUUUGAAGUUUGUGUAGAAUUAGGAGUUUACCCACAAUUGUUCAUAAGUUGUUAAAAACAGAUUAUUUAAAAUGCAUGUCUGUUUGCCGACAACAGGCGUGUCAUGAAACAAAUAUGUGUUCAUUUAAUGGGUCAUAGAAGAAAGAUGUUUGUUUGAGCCAUGCAGCCUAAUUAUUAUAUGAUGGUUUGGAAGUCACGUGAUUGUACUAUCAUGAUGCCACUCUCUUAUUGGCUUUUAGGGGGUCAUAAAGUUGUGUGCUUGUCCGUAAAGACACGGAAACCCCCCCUCAAACGUUAGUGGGUGUUGGUGAUCUUAAAAGGAAAGACAAAUUUCUGGUUUUAGACACACAACAAUUAUGACAUCCUGCAAUAACGGCAUAAAGAAAAUGCUGCCGAAGACAUACCUUCGUAACCAUGUGGCCCAAGAAAUACAUGUUGCACUGAUCCAUUUCAAAGACCUUGUUCCAUCGGUGGAUAAAUACACUUACAACGACGGAACCACAAAGGUCUUGAUGAGUCUUACAGGAACUAUCCCCAUCCUUUUUAAAGAUAUGAGUUACAACAUCCCCAUAUGUGUGUGGCUUGAGGAGAGCUACCCUCAGUCGGCCCCCAUCUGCUAUGUCAAGCCCACGUGGGAGAUGAUGAUCCUGCGGGGAAACUACGUCUCCAGCAAUGGGGACAUCCUGCUGCCAUACUUGCAGGAGUGGAAGCAGGGGAAGUGUGACCUGGUGAGCCUCCUGCAGGUGAUGGUUGCCACGUUUGGAGACCACCCUCCCAUCUGUAUGCAGCCUCAUCUUCAGCCUGCACAAGCAUCCUGUUCGCUCCAGUUCCACAAACAGUCACAGGUGCUUUCUCGGCCGGACGGUAGUUUGUACGUGACUUUAUCAACAGAAGAUGGCCAAUCUGUUCUUCAAGGAAAUGAAACCAGCUGUUAGUUGAUUUCAAAAUUGUUUCUCACUUGCGAAACAUAUAUUAUGCACGGUAUCACAUCAACAUGAUUGAUUACUGUAUUUGUUUGAUUCAUGUCACUUUUUUUCAUUUUAUAAAUGAUUUACAAUGUAAAUUUUAGCAACAUUGAGAUGUAUGGCCUAUAUACACAUACAUUAACAUAGUCAAUAUCACACAUGACUUCUAACCUCUGAUUUUUGGAAAUAAAAGUCUACUUCCCCACCUCUCGUCCCCCUCCCCAUAUGAAACAGCCAAACUGUACUUUUAUUUAGAAUUUUGCACCAGUGGGUGUAGACAAAAUAAACAAACAAAAAAGUAAUUUCUCCUUCCCCAGUAUAAUCGUAAAUAACUUAAUCACUCUGGUUUUAUUUUCAUUUCUCUGGGUUGUGUUAUUUAUGAACCCCCCACCCGCAACCACAAAAAAGGCCAUUUGUGUUGUCCAGAAAAA